GGUGUUUAGAGACGGACAGAGAAAGGAGAGCAGAAGAGAUGCAGAAGCCAAGGAGACAAAGUCAGGCAGCGAUUUCAAGGUAUAUCAGGUUCGGCAACAGGUGCCAAAAUGUUCAUAAGCCGUUGCACGGGCUGGGUUGUGCAAUGGGCUGCUACACUUUUGUUUCGGUGGUGGAAACGCGGCAUGUUUGAUGUGUGUCUUGGCAAGCAGAGGAGGUAUAGAAGCAAGUCCAGAAGUGGCAGACGACCCGCGUCGACGAUUUGUGGUCGAGGGGCGUUUUCUUUUUUGUAUGUUCUGAAUCAACUGGUUUCACCGAGUGCGAUGGAGUCGAGUGCAGAUGAAGAUGGAUUGAAACAGGAAAAAAAGAGUAGGCCUUGGAGCAUGUCGUGGGUGCGUGUGUGUGUGUGAGUGGUGUGU